GCUUGUAAAUACACAAACAGUCGAAUAGGAACAGCGUGGAAUUGUGAAUUAGUUUAGAUUUCUCUGUAAAAUCUCAUGGUUCUGUAGCGAAAAAUCUAUUAAUAUGGUCCAAGCACUUUGUAUUUGUCAGAUCUGCAAUUGUGGACGACAUCGAUGUGCUCACAGGCCAGUUUCUCGAGUUACCUCUCAGAAAUGUGUGUUCACGGAGUACCAGGACAGAUACAAGAAACAUGGACUUACAGGACGAACACAACCUAUAAAACCUGAAUUCUCUGUUAAAGCCUCGACAGAUCCGUUCGAUGGAAAUACAAAUUACAAGUUCGAUUACAUUCGACAUAAAAUCGAGCCUCAUAAAAAGCGAGAGAAAGAGCGAUACGUGAGACCWGACGGRCGAGUUGAAGAUGAAAGCACAUAUCGCCAUGACUACCCAGGUAGAGUGGUAGCUCCAGCAACUUCCGCUAAGCCGCCAGUCAACUACCAGCCUAACACAAAACCAUUUGGUGGGUCRACAGUACAUCAGGAUACGUURAAACAYUGGGAUCUGGGAGAUUGCAUGGUCAAAAGCAUGAAACCACAAGCCUCAACUAUGGGAAAUAAUGGCAGAAUGGAUGGAAAGACAAUCCAACAGACUGAUUUCCCUGGACACUAUGUMGCUAGAAGACCAGCUAUCAAGCCAUUCAAUUCUGACUUUAGACCUCCUCAUGGUCCCAUGGAGUCUGACACAACAACUAGGAUUGAUUACCCCCCAAAACAAGCACUCCCUGCACGCACAUCAAAACCAGUWGAGCGGAGACCKAGRACAGGWCCUCCUUUUGAUGGGAUUACAACCUUCCAGCAUGAUUAUCAAAUGAAYAAAGGUCUACCAGCAUCAAGUUUCAAGCCACAUCAAGAAGCAAUUCAAUCCAAUGCACCUUUCCAAGAUGAAACAACCACUGGAUUUUCKUAUAGAAAGUGGGAGGUCCCAAGAAGYCAACCACGMGAGAAGGAAAUGUACAGGCCUCCCUCAGGAAGGUUCAAUGAUGCCACCACAUUCAAACAUGAUUAUCCUCAAUGGAAUGUGGGUCCUGCCAUCAGCGCUAAACCUCCCYUUCAAUCAUUUGCUUCAAGUCAGCCAUUCCAAGAUAGGACCACACAUGGGGAUACUUACAGGGCCUGGGACUUCCAGCCUAUACCUAAGAGUACAAAGARAGAGGGUUACCGYCCACCYUCUGGACGUUUUGAAGGAGAGUCCACUAUGCAGAGCCAUUACAGAGGACAACAAGGAAAACCAGCUAGGGCUAUAAGGCAUGAAGUCAAUCGGCCAAUGUCUGCAUCUCCAAUGGACCUAAACACGACCUAUGGGGACACCUUCAGAGGAGAACGUCCCCAGAUAUGUCCAGCUGCAAGGAUAAAUCAAUUUGAUAAGACUGUUCAAGAUGGAUACUUGUUCUCAUAUGAUGCAAAGGGUCAUACAUUCUUUAAACCAACUAUGUCUGAAACUGUUCAACCUCUGUCGCUAUCUGCUUAAAUCUGUAUAUUGGCCAUYAUUUGUAGUGGAAAUUUCACUCA